AUGAUCGAUUGCUUUACGCGCUGGCCCGAAGUCGUCUGUCUCCCCGACAUCACAGCCGCCACCGUCGCCGUCUCCCUCGUACAAGCCUGGGUCGCCCGCUUUGGCGUGCCGUCACUCGUCACAACGGACCGCGGACGGCAAUUUGAGUCCGCCCUUUUCACUCAACUGACAAACUUGCUCGGCACAUCCCGUACAAGAACAACGGCUUACCAUCCUGCAGCCAAUGGGAUGGUUCAACGCUUACACCGCCGGGUUAAAACAGCCAUCAUGUCUGUAUCCCCCGCUUCCUGGACCGAUGCCCUCCCCCUCACCCUGCUGUCCCUUAGGGCCACCGUCAAAGAGGACCUGCAAUGCUCACCCGCCCAGAUGGUUUACGGGACUACUUUACGCCUGCCUGGCGAAUUCUUUGCGCAUCCCUCGUCAAUCGUCCAUACCGACCCGACAACCUACCCUGAACGCCUGCGCACGGUCAUGCAAGCCCUACCAGCCGUCCGACCCCGCUCACCUUCGCAGCUCUUCACCUAUCGCCACCCUCUUCUUGAAACGGCCUCUCACGUCUUCAUUCGCCAUGACGUGCCCCGAAAGCCUUUGCAGCCCACAUAUGACGGUCCCUACUAG